AUGGCAGGAUACUUCGACGCCAGCGACGAGGCGUCGGAGAUCUGCAGGCGGCUGCUGGUGAACAUCAAGAACGCCCAAAGCAACUACCUGUCCAUGGACAGCUUCCUUGCAAGCAUCUCGGACAGCGCCGCCGCUGCCGAUGCCGGUGCCGACGCGACGACUUCACUCAAGCCGUUCGCCGCCAGAAGCAACCCGUUCAACGCUGCCACGCGAAGCAACUUCCGGCGCAUCCACGACAGGCACUCGUCGAUCCUCCACGCCAUCAAGUCGAGCCACGGGAAGGUGGCGAGGAAGCUGAGGCUCGCCAGAGCGGUCAGGCGGUCCAGGACCGGGUCGCUGCUGCGGCUGCAGGAGCAGCUCGACACGGCGGCCAAGGGCACGUACGUGCUGGGCAGGGACCUCGACACGGUGAGCCACCUGGUGGCGCGGCUCUCCGACGGCAUCGAGCGGGAGAACGCCAUGGCGAGGUGCUGCGCGGAGAGGUUCCCGGUGCAGGAGAUGGUGAACCAGCUGAGCAGGAGCUACUCGCGCUGGAGGAAGCUGGCCGAGGAGCUGGAGGAGCACGUGUGCCUGUGCCUCGCCACCAUCCAGAGGGCUAGAGUUCUGGUGAUCACAGAGAUCUCCAAGCAAGCUUAA